AUGAGCCCGAAGAUCACCGAACUCUGUUCGUACCCGGUCAAGAGCUGCGCCGGAGUUUCCCUGGACGCCUGCGCGCUGACGUCCACGGGAUUAGCGUUCGAUCGGCUGUUUUGCGUCGUCAACGCUGUCGAUGGAAAGUUCAUCAGCCAACGCUCGCACCCGCGUUUAUCCCUCGUCGCGUGCGCGAUAGAGCCACCGGACGCGUUCACCGAUCGCACCGUGCGCCAGUUCGCGCUGACGUGCGAGACGUCGAGCAUGGCGACGAAAUUGCGCGUGGAGGUGGAUUUGGACGACGCGAGCGGGACGGCGACGUCGGCGACGAACGUGGAGUGUUGGGAGUGGCGCGGGAAAGCGGCGAAAUGCGGCGACGAAGCCGGGCGAUGGUUCAGUGAGUUUUUGAAUCAAACACCGGACGGCGAUGGGGCGGCGUACGAGCUCGUGCGAUGGAUGGGAAAGGGAGGCGCGCCGAGCGCGCCGCAAGACGCCGACGAUUUAGACGUCGACGACGACGUCACGCGUUUAACGUCAGAGAAUUACGGUUCGCGUCGCGCGACGACCACCCUGAGCGAUGGAUAUCCGAUGUUACUCGUCAACGCCGCCUCCGUGCGCGCGAUGCACGAACUCGUGCGCGAGGAAACUGAAAAAUCCAACGCCGCGCCCGUCGUCGUCGACAAUCGACGCUUUCGCGGCAACGUCGUCGUGGACGACGCCAAAGCCUACGCCGAAGACACGUGGUCCGUGAUCGCCCUCGGCGCGCGCGAAGUCCAAGCCGAGUUAUGCAAGCCGUGUUCGCGAUGUUCGAUUCCCCUCGUCGAUCCGGACGUCGGUUCUCCCGCGCUCGGCGCGCCUCUGGCGCGCGCGCUCAGUCGCGCGCGCUCCGGCGCCGCGUUACGAACCGCCAAUCGUCUCUGGCGCCAGUCCCCGUUUUUCGGUUGGAAUUUACUCGUCCCUUCGACGCAGGACGCCACCGUCGUGUUGCGCGUCGGCGACGACGUGCGCGUGUUGGAGACCCGUCCCGCGUUCCCCUAG